UUGUACUUCCGGCAAGCGCGGAAGCACGGGGUUUCCUAAGGGGCUCGUGCAGGGGCUUUCUUCCUUUCUGUCCGACAUCUUGACGCUGCAGCAUCAUGCCUCCUAAGGACGACAAGAAGAAGAAGGAUGCGGGCAAGUCCUCCAAGAAGGACAAGGACCCCGUCAACAAGUCCGGAGGAAAGGCCAAGAAGAAGAAGUGGUCCAAGGGGAAGGUGAGGGAUAAGCUCAACAACCUGGUCCUCUUCGACAAGGCCACCUACGACAAGCUGUACAAGGAGGUGCCCAACUACAAGCUCAUCACGCCUGCCGUGGUCUCUGAGAGACUGAAGAUCAGGGGCUCCCUGGCCAGGGCUGCCCUCCAGGAGCUGCUCAACAAAGGAAUGAUCAAGCUGGUUUCCAAACACAGAGCACAGGUCAUCUACACACGAAACACCAAGGGCGGCGACGCUCCUGGGGACGAGAAGGAGGCAUAAGCAGAUAAUGCAUCUUGGAUACCUGUGAAGAUUUUGUUGGUAUUGUAUAAAUAAAAAGAAAACUAAAUCUC